CAAUCACUGUCGACAUUUAAAACGCCCAUUAUUCGUAAUUAAAACGAGGACGGCAAAAAUCGUAGAGUAUAAUAAUGUUGCAUACAUAUAUAUCAAUCGAAGUUAUAUACACCGAAAAAAGAGUUUCAAUUUAUUUUAUUCGCUAUCACUAAAAUAAUAUAUAUUUCACAUAUUUUUUACGCGUUGUCGUUGUUCGUACGUCGUUCAGUAAUAUUCUCUGGUAUUGCGUGCACCUAUAUAUACGUGUUAGGGUGUCGACACGUCAUAUCAUAUUAUUAUCACUAUUAUUAUUAUAUUAUAUUGAUGACAUAAGUCGUUCGCAUACGGCCGUCGCCGGUGUGAAGUGAUGAUUUAUAUACGGAAAACGAAGCAAGCUGGCAUUCGAUGCGGAAAUAUAAACCCGUGGUGUUUCCAGUCCAAUUCCUGUAUAGUCGUACCUACACCGGAAACAAUCGAUACUAGCUGCAUGUGUUACAGGUAUACAAGAAUUUAAAAAAACCAUUUGGACACGUGUUUUUCGGACAGACGAUGACCAACACCCGUGACGAUAAUAUAGUACCUAUACGAUAGUUUGAAGCCUCGAACAGGUUGUCGAUGGUUGACGAUGCUACCCGCAGCGGCAUUCACGACGCCCGUGGCCCAGUGGCCCAACACUCUAACUAUGGUUUCCUUGCCCAUAAAUAAGGAGGAAAAAUAGCAUCCUCUGUAAUAUAUGUAUCAAAUAUAUAAUCUGUAAAUUCAAUGUUUUUUUGAGUUUUUGGGGCAAUUGACAUAAGUUCUAUAAAACCAUCAUUGGAUGAUAAAUAUGGUAAACCGAAAAAAUGUUUAAGCCAAACACCAAGUUCGGAAUUGGUACCAUAUUCUCUUACCAAUAUUUUAUUUUUUUAGAUUCGUCUAAACCAACAUUGCGCUAAAUGAAACUGGCAACACAUCAAGUGACAACCCGGAAAUGAAUUAAUAACUGCGUUAUGAGCGGCUUUUUCAAAAUCUGAAUGAAAUUUGUAUACAUUAAUAAUUUUACCUAUUAAAGAAAGACACAAUUUUUUUAUUUCUAACCACAUACAAAUAUUAUAUUGAUCUUCAGAUUUUGAUGUCAAAAAUACAUAAUAUACUAUAGGUAUCUUCAACGUUCCGGCUCAUUUGAGGCCUAUACUCGCUGCACCGAUCAUCGCACAACCGGCACAGCAGAGUCGUUCAGUUUGCUCCAGCUUAACAGGUCCAGAUAGCGUCACAAAUUUUCGUACCUGAUGUCCCGGCCGGUGGCUCGAACAUGUUAACCGAAGACGAAAUGUGUAUGGAAGCCAUGGACGAAUUUGAGGAUACAGAUUCUUACACCGUUACCGCUAACGGGAAACGCGUUUCAUCCGCCAACACUGUGUUGGCUGCUAACGCUAAAAAGGUUAGGUUGAAUUUGAUGCAGUCCCGCUGGUUCAAAGAAAUCUCGUCAUCGAUGGGUAGGAAAAUUGUGUGGCAUUAUGCCCGAAAUAUUGCCAAUGUUCUCAAUUAUACAGGUUUUCUCCACUUACUUAAGCCCGAUCUAAUGGAAUUAUUGAAAAUACGUGUGCUACAAGGUCCGAUUAAAUUUAAUUUAAAACUUGAGGCUACGUAUAGCCGCCCAAACGUGCCCAAUUCGUCGGAGAAUAGGGCUUUUAAAACAUCGGCAGUUGAAAUUGUUAUGGAGUCGGAUAUUACGGGUAUUAUAGAGAGAGCGUUUAUGAAGAUAAUUGGAGAAGAGGAAACAUAUAUGAGUAGAGGAAGUGGAUUUAAAUUGGAUACUAUAGACGGAUUGUUGGUGAGUGUGUAUAAAUAUACACCAAUGGGUGUAUCAUAUACAAAACUACCAGCGUUUAUUGAUGACAAACGGGGCACUAUCAACCCGCAAAACGUAGACCAACAGUGUUUUAAGUGGGCAAUUCUGGCGAAGCACGUGAUGGGGGCGUCGGUAUGUCGUGUUGGUGAAAAUUACACACAGCACGAAGGGAAAUAUAAUUUUGAGGGUAUUACGUCCCCCACACCUUUAUCUGAUAUCUCUAAAUUUGAGAAAAACAAUAAAAAGGUGUCUGUAAAUGUUUACGGACUUGAAAAAAAGUUCCAGCCGCCGAGGAAAUAUCCUACAUACGAGGUGUACCCGUUACGUUUAUCCGAUGAGGAGAAAGUCACCCAUUUCGAUCUGUUGUUGGUAGCAGACGACAACGGGUCGCAUUAUGUAUAUAUUUCGAAUUUUUCCCGGUUGGUACGUGCGCAGAAAACAGGACAUAAGGAGAGUGUCGUGUUUUGCAAAAGAUGUUUUACGAGUUUUGACAACCGGAAUUUGAAGUACAAGUUGAACGGACAAGAGGCGUUGGAGUAACAUAAACUGAUUUGCGGGGUGCACAUGCCUAUUCUACCGGAGAUGCCCAAGGAGGGGGAGUGUGUAGAGUUUAAGGCGUGGAAGAAGACACAGAGAUCGCACCUCUUCGCGAUAUACGCGGAUUUUGAAACGAUAUUGAUGAAGACGGAGGAGAAAAAAGGGGGAAACACUACAAUUAUUCAUAAACACGAGGCGAUGAGUAAUGCAUUUUUGGUGAAAGCGAGCGACGACGUACCAGCGGAAUUAUUGGAGGAGUAUGAGAUACCGUCAGGGCCGGUAAAACAUAGAGGUAGUGAAAACGAGACGGACGUGGCGAAACAUUUUGUAGAAACGGUAGUUGAGGAGGCCCUGAAAAUUGAAGAAUUGUUGAAGACUAAUAUACCGAUAAAAAUGACUGAGGGUGAAGAAAAAACACAUCAAGAGUGUAAUUUGUGUAAUUUAUGUAAAUGUAGUUUAGCUGGGGGCGAAAAGGUUAGAGAUCAUAAUCAUCUGACGGGAGAACUUCCGUGAGACAGCCACACAUUUUGUCAACGGAGAUAUGCCGCUCGUGAUUCGUAAAGGGAUGUACCCGUACGAAUACACAGAUAGUUGGGGGCGGUUGGAGGAGACGAGAUUACCGAGGAAGCGAGAUUUUUAUAGUACGUUGACGGAGACCGGGAUUAAGGAGAAGGAGUUUGACCACGCGAAGUUUGUCUGGGACCACUUCGGCUGUACGACGUUGGGUUUCGAUGCAAUGCUAAAGUUCACGGGGCAGAAACUUCAGUUAUUACACGAUUUCGACAUGUUGUUGAUGUUCGAGAAUGGUAUACGUGGUGGCUUAGUGCAGGCGAGUAAGCGAUAUGUGAAGGCGAACAACGUGAAGACCCCGGUUUAUGACGAGACUAAGGAGAAAUUAUGGAUAAUAUAUCAGGAUUCUUAUGAAUUAUCUCAAAUAUCUGUUUUUCAAAAAUUAAUUUUGUUCAAACCACCUGAUGAGAGAACAACACUUGAAUUACAAUCAAUCGAAUGGAUGUUCGAAAUAGGAUUUAAAUUUUUUCAUCUUUGUCCAACUGAUAUUAAAAUGGCUCUAAUCAGAAGGGCAACGUAUACAUGUUAUGGCCCUGGUAGAUGGAUACUGAAACAGGGGCAUUUAUCGACAAAUAUGUAUUUAAUUGUCAAAGGACAUGUGGUAAUUACUGAAGAUGUACGAAAUUCUGUUACUAAACUUAUGGAUAACACUGAACGUUGCAUAUUGAAGGAAAAACAAUCUUUUGGCGAAAGUGCUGUUAUGUUCAACACAUUUAGAACCAAUUCUGUGCAAUCAUUAAGUACGGUGGAAUUGAUUAGCAUAUCGAAAAAUGAUUUCACGGACAUUAUCAAAGAUAAUUUGCAACUUCGGUGGAAUGCAAAUGCAAUUGCAAUUAAAAAUUCUUCAUAUUUUAAACACCUGAGUUUGAUGGAAUUAAACAAGUGCAGCACUAUUUCAUUUAUUAAAACAUUAAAAGAUCACGAGUAUGUUCUCGGAAGAGGAACUGGAGAUGUUGAUUAUGCUCACUUCGUAUUAGAAGGUGAAAUAUCUUUAAUACUGCAUUUGGAAAUCAAAAAGAUUGUUAACCGUUAUGGAAAUGAGGGGUUCAAAUUGAGAAAGACUUCGGAAAAAUUGUAUAAAAAAAAAUAUACAAAUAUAUAUGUCGACACUUGUGCGUUUUUACCAGACUCGUGUUUUAACAUUGGUGAAAACGUAACGGACAAAGAAUUUAUGACCAGCAAUAUUGACGAAACAAAAUGCUUGUGCGUUCCUCAUUGGUUCAUGACCGAAACAGAAAAACUUAAAUGCUGGGAAUUUGUAAAGUUGGAUCUCAAUCACAUUAUUCCGUCUAAGGACCAAGUGUUUUCAAAACUCUAUCGAUCGUACAGAAAAUAGCAUCAUGCAAAUGAAUACCAUGAAAAAAAACGAUAUAAUGAAUGAACGAUGGCCAAUGAGAACAGAUAAUUAAAUCGCAUUUAUCAUUGAUUUUAGUGUUAUCUUAAAACAAAUCAAGUUCAUGUUUAUAAAUGUAUAAUAAUAUUUUAAAAGUACAAAAAA